GGCGGCCGUGCCCCUGGCAGCGGUGGAGGCGGCCGGCCGUGUCGAUGGCAGCCCGCCUGCCCGCCCUGCACCUCCUGCUCUUGUUGGGGAUGUGGGCCGUCUCCGGCCACAGAGGAGCCGUCCCGAGCCCUAGAGAGCUCAUCCUGCAGCUCACCGGCGGUGGCUGCCGCUGCGCCGGGAUACUGGAGGUGAGGUGGCAGGGCAGGUGGAGCCGCGUGUGCCGGGACAAAGCCAGCGAUGGGGGUGCGGAUGGCAUCUGCCAGUGGCUGGGCUGUGGCCCCGCCAUCCCCAAGCCCCUCCAGCUCAUCUUCGCUGGCAAAAAGGAGCCACAGAUGCUGCGGUGCCUGUGGCUGGCAGGCACCUCAGUGGAGUGCCACUGGGAUCUGACAAACUGCACGGAGCCAGCCAUUAUCACCUGCAGCGAGCCGGUGAAAACCACCCCCAAGCCCCUGCCGGCACCUCCAGCCACCACCCCGGAGCCCACUGGACCCAACAGGUUGCAGCUGGUGGACGGGGACUUCGGCUGCUCGGGCUACGUGGAGCUGCACAGGCAGGGGUUGUGGGGGUCUGUGGCGGAUGGCCCGGGCAUCAGGCCAGAGCUAGCCACCCGCAUCUGCCAGGAUCUCCGCUGCGGCACCGCCGUCUACAGCCACAGCUACCCCAAGCCAGAGCAGAGAAGCCACUUGCCAGUGCGGUGGGAGGUGGUGGAGCCCUGUGAGAGCCGUUCACUUUUCGACUGCUUCAACAGGACCCGUGCCCAGCAGGAGAAGGCACCUGCCUUCAUCAUCUGCUCACGUUCGCAGCCCCAGGCCGUGCGAAGGCUGGCAGGAGGCCCCACGCCUUGCGAAGGGGACAUCGAGGUUUUUCACCAGGGACGAUGGCAGGUGCUGUGUGACAACUGGGCGCAGCGAGCCAGCUGGGGCAGGCAGCUCUGCCAGGAACUACGCUGUGGGAACCUCUCCUCCAGUACCGAACUCCGGGGUCCCCCCUCCACGGGUGUCAUCUGCAAAAUCCCCACCCUGCACCUCUGCUCUGCCAGCCUUGGAGGUCCCCAGACCUGCUCCCGGACCAGAGUCGUGUGCCAGGACUCGAAGCCGCAGCCUGCCGGCACGUCGGCAGGCACCAUCGUGAGCAUCUGCCUGGCCCUGCUUCUCUUUGGCAUCCUCUCGCUGCUCUGUGGCCCUCCUGCCUACAGGAGGCUGAUGAAGAGAAAGCUCAUCCUGCAGCUCACCGGCAGUGGCUGCCGCUGCGCCGGGAUACUGGAGGUGAGGUGGCAGGGCAGGUGGAGCCGCGUGUGCCGGGACAAAGCCAGCGAUGGGGGUGCGGAUGGCAUCUGCCAGUGGCUGGGCUGUGGCCCCGCCAUCCCCAAGCCCCUCCAGCUCAUCUUCGCUGGCAAAAAGGAGCCACAGAUGCUGCGGUGCCUGUGGCUGGCAGGCACCUCAGUGGAGUGCCACUGGGAUCUGACAAACUGCACGGAGCCAGCCAUUAUCACCUGCAGCGAGCCGGUGAAAACCACCCCCAAGCCCCUGCCGGCACCUCCAGCCACCACCCCGGAGCCCACUGGACCCAACAGGUUGCAGCUGGUGGACGGGGACUUCGGCUGCUCGGGCUACGUGGAGCUGCACAGGCAGGGGUUGUGGGGGUCUGUGGCGGAUGGCCCGGGCAUCAGGCCAGAGCUAGCCACCCGCAUCUGCCAGGAUCUCCGCUGCGGCACCGCCGUGGGGUUGGUCUCCUUCCACCGCAACAGCACCGUCACCCCCAGGCCGCGGGCAGAGGAGCAGCGGGUGCAAGGGGGGGACAACGACUACGCUCAGCCCCCCCAGAAGAGCUCCUACCUCUCAGCGUACCCAGCCCUCGAAGGUGCAUGCAGAGUCUCCAACCCUCCAGACAACUCCUCCGACAGCGAUUACGACCUGCAUUCCGCCCGCAGAGUGUGACCCCCACACACUUCUCACCAGAGCUGGGACCCCCUUUGGCUGCCCUAGUCCUCGGCUGAGCCAUCUCCCCCCCUGCCCCCCCGCCGCUGUCCCAGGGUGGUCACACAUGCGGCAGCAAAGCUGAGCAACUGCUGAAUUAGCGGCUUUUCUUGCAUUUUUGGCAAGCCACCUCGUUUCCGUUGUCAGCCACCUUCCCACCCUGCAGGCAGAGAUGGGAUGCAGCACAAAAAAGGUAAAUUUUGAGCAACCCCAUCAAGCGGAAAAACAUCCCUGCCUAGGGCAGGGGGUUGAACGAGAUGAUCUUUGAAGUUCUUUUCCAGCCCAAACCCCUCCUGCAAUUCUACGCAAUGACAAACUCAACCAAGCUGGUGGAAGAAAUGACGCAUACCUGCACUGCUCACCUCAGAAAACCUGCCCGCAUCCCCUCCAAAAGGGAUGGGAGACCCCCGAGUAGGGGGGUGCCGGGUCCCCCCCAGCCAGGGAGCCAAACCCACCCGUGCUCCUCCAUCCCUGCUCCCAGCAGGCAGCAGCCGUGCAGGGCUCGGCUCUAACCCAGCACCUUCCCAAGAAAGCUUUUCUCUUGCUUUUGAGCCUCCCUCAUGGCAGAGUGUGAGGGGUUUUGGGGUUUUUUUUAAGCUAUUUUUAACCGUUUAAGAGGCGGCUGGGUCGCAACAGGCGCCGAGAAUGGAGCAGCCCCGCUCAGAAGCAGGGGUUGCCGGCUUCUCCAUCUCUCAAAACCGGGAUAACCAUACUCCUCCUCCCACCCUGAAAGCAAAAUCGGCUGCCAGCGGGGUGCUGAGCUUCGCAGGAUUGCCUGCUAGACGCCCCCCGCCGUCUGCCAGCUUCCCAGGGGAGCUGCGGAGACACGCGCUCAGCGGCAUUUGCGUGGGACGGCGCGAGAUCGGGGCAGACACAGAACGCAAAGCACAGACGUGGAGGAGCACGGGGAGGGUCAAAAUACUGAGAACAAGUCUGAGAUAUUUAAUAAGCAAUAACUGUCGUAAUAAAAUUGGUUUUUUUUCUAGUAAUUACGUCUUGUUCUCUUCCUUCCAACACUACCAGUGCCGUGCCUUAAACCAUCUCCACCCCAACCGGGGAGGGAAAACGCAGGACGGUGCCAGAGGAGGGGAGAGACGGGCUGACGGCAGAAGAGCCCCACGCAAACGGGCCCCUUAGGGAUGAUGAAAACAAGAAAACAGGAAAGAUGAGUUUGAAGAAGGUGGUCCUGUGAGGCGGUGAAAGGUUUUAUCGACAGAAUCAAGAGGAUGUUGGUGUAAGGAUGCCAGGAGAGGCCUAAAAAGAUCAAUAAAAAGUGUCAGCUGGGUGCCCCAUCGUUUCCGAAAGCAACCGCUGCCGUGACCCCGCGUGCAAUUCAUCAAGUUUUAUUACUGUAAUUAACCACAGAUACGGAAUUGUUUCCAUCAAACCCCACAAGCAUUUGCCUUGUUCUAGUCCAUUAGUAAUCUUUCCUUAUAAAUAACUUAGAGGAAUACAGGCAGGAGUCGUAGGAUAAAGUGCUGAGCAAAGCAAAUCCCAUUUCCAUUAACAUAAACUUGUCGCUCCCUCCGUUAUCUAGUGUUUCCUGAGAAGGGGGGACACUGAGGAAGGCUGGAGCCUGUAGCACCCCAAAAAAAUGCCCUGUUCCCCCAGGAGGCUGCUGAGCCCCAGCAUUUCACUGAGCUGGGUGGGAGGCAUCGACCCCCACACCCUGCUGUGACCCCAGACACGGGUCCCCGCCACACAUGUGGCGCCAGUUUAGUUCCAAAACACAGAAAAUAUUCCUGCACAGAAUUCUGGGAAGCUCCCGGAGCCUUCAUGCCCUUGCUAAGCCAGCAUGCAGGCUGGGAAAGGCUCCUGUGCUGGAUAAAAGACAGAGAGACCGACCUCAAGGCCGAGGUGAGAGCCAGCUGCUUCUCCCAGUUAGGAAUUGCCUCCAGGCUGGCCCGGCUCUACCUCUCACUUCCAGGAAGCUUCCUCGGAAAGCAGCAAGUAUUUUGAGUUGGAAAUCCUGUUGUGUUUUGAGGAGCUGUGAAAAGGCUCAGAAGGAUGAGACAUCCGUUACCCACAGAGGGCAGGCGCAGACGGCGCAGUCUCGCGCUCACCCACGCACGCUCGCACACAGAUCCGGG